GCAGCGAAUAGUAGCGUCGUAUUGUAAAAAGCACUACAGUGUUAUGAUAUUUCAUAAGAGAAAGAGAAGUUAUAACUGUCGUACUUGAUUAUUGAACAAAUAAAUUUCUCGGUGAAAUAGAUUGGAUCAAGGUGUAUGUUUAGUUAUUGAAAGAAACGUGAUAAAUGUAAACAAAGUUUUAUUGAAGUUGAUUACAUUGAAUUUUGACUUUGUAAAAGAUAUUUACUUUAUUGAUAAAAAUUCCAUUAUUGUUUAUUAAUAUGGAAGCUGAAUCAUCAAAACACAUAUGUAAAAUACAAGCUGUUAAUCGCGCCCGUAAAAUACCAAGUGUAAAUUAUUUAUGGGAUAAAUCUACAGCAGUAUAUGGUCGUGUAAAAGAUACAAAUGUAUUUGUACAUUGGGCAUUUAACACUAUGGAGAACAUAGUUAAUACCAUGGUUGAAAAGUCAUUGCCAGUUGCUAAAUUAAUAGAAAAGCCUAUUUGUACACUUGAUAAGACAUUAUGUCAAGGAAUUGAUUAUGUAGAAGUAAAAUUACCCAUAAUAAAAGAAGAACCAAAGCAGAUAAUAAACCGGACUAAGUCUCUUGUAUCAGAACGUCUUAGACCAGCUGUUAAAACAUUCACAGAUUUAAAGAAGGGAACCAAACAUAGAGUUAAAGUUAUAAAGUUACACACUUAUUACAAAGUUCAUUAUUUAAGAAUGUAUAGUUGGCAGCAGGCAGAUAGAGUUAUGUCAACUGAAACAGGAAUUAGUAUUUUAAAAACUGUUGACAGUACCACUGAUUUCGUUGAAUUAAUAUUGGAUAAAUACUUACCUAUUCCUUCUGAUGAUUUUCACAAUAAUGAAACUGAAAAGUUAUGCAAUGAAGAUGCCAAACUUCAUCACACUGUUGGGAGAUUAAGUGAAUUUAGUUCUCGUACUUCAAAACGUAUUUACUUUGCUUUAAUGGAAUUGCAACAUAUUUAUAGAAUGGAAAUUCGUUUGUUGAUAUCAGAUAUUAUAUGUAUACUCUUAUUAUUCAAAUACGUACUGCAUGGUGUGUAAUAUAUAUAUAUGUAUGCAUGUAUGUAUGCAUGUAUGUAUGUAUGUAUAUAUAUACCACAUACUGUAUAUGAAAAUAUACUUAAUAUGCAGUAUAUUUAAAAUUGCAUUUAAGCAUUGUUGUGUACUUAUAAUAGUUUACAAUAAAAUAUCAAAUAAUUCUAUGAUAUAUUAA